UGGAGAAGUAGGGUUUACUGGUUAGAAUUGGGAAGAAGUUUAUCACUAAGUAAAUUGAACCAUUCGAAAUUCAGGUUCAACCUCAACAGAAGAGAAUAGUUUCUUUUGUUAUGUUCUUUGCACCAUAUUACCCCUCUCUAUUAUCCAUAAACCCUAAAUCACCCCUCCCAUCCUAAGAGACAAAACCCCUGGCCCCCAUCGAAACAAAUCCUUCUUCCACCGGAUAAAAAAGUCCUCCUUCUAGUUGGUGGCUCUGCUUCUCGUCGGUGGCUUUGAGUCUCUCUUGCUCUCAUGACUUUCAUUCUCACUUUAUAAAUUGAAUUUAUUAGUGAGAAAAGCAGCUAGCAUGGCACAAAGAGAUAGUGACAUGAGGAAGAAACCAAACAUAUUGAUAACUGGCACACCCGGAACUGGAAAAACAACUACCGCAUCUGCUCUGGCAGAGGCCACCCAGUUCCGCCACAUUAAUAUUGGAGAUUUGGUCAAAGAGAAGAACUUGCAUGAUGGAUGGGAUGACCAGUUUGACUGCUACAUAAUUAAUGAAGACCUGGUGUGUGAUGAACUCGAAGAUAUAAUGGAAGAAGGUGGAAACAUAGUGGACUAUCAUGGUUGUGAUUUCUUUCCAGAGCGAUGGUUUGAUCAAGUUGUGGUUCUGCAAACUGACAAUUCUGUUUUGUACGAUCGUUUAAGCAAGAGAGGCUACUCAGAGACGAAGAUAUCCAACAACAUGGAAUGUGAAAUCUUCCAAGUCCUGUUGGAGGAGGCAAAAGAAAGUUAUCCAGAAGGCAUUGUGGUGGCGUUAAGGAGUGAUUCUAUCGACGACAUCACCAACAACAUUGCCACUCUGACUCACUGGCUCACCACUUGGCAAACUGUUCCAUAGUGGGAUCCUCAGCUUCCUCUCUGUGUUUUUUUUACUUUGAUUACUACCAUUUUAUUUGAGAGAACUUAUGGUGGGGACAUGUUGUCGGUGAUGUUCUUCGUUUACUGUAGUAACUACUAAGUACACUAGCUCCCGGAACCAAAUGGCUGAAUGUUUCCUUUGUAUGAAAUCCUUUUAGGUUAUCAGUACACUCAUAACCUUGAACCA